UUUUAUACUAGAAUGCAAAAUCAACAACUUUAUUGAUAAGUUACUCAAUAAUAUUUUAUUGAUAUAAAUAGAAUGUUUAACACGAACUGCGAGUUUUAGGACAUUCUCAACAGCUCUUAUUCUUGAUAAGGGGUUACUUGACGUUUUUAAAAACCUCAAGUACACUAGUAAUUAACGGGAAAAAAGUGUCAAGUAAUUUAUAUAUCUUCCAUAAAUGUGUAAUUUUGUCUCCACACCAACAAUAGCCUCCCUUCAAAUAGUCCACCAUGGUUUCUACCAAUAGUUAAGCCAGAGGCAUGACUCUGAUAGAACAUGACUCUAGUACCAUUUAAUAGGGGGAUAACGACUCUCCUACUAUCUCCUGGUUUUAUUUUUGGUUUUUCACAAAAGGUUUUAUAUCAAUGAAAAUAAUUAUUCUUACUUAUAUACCCAUAAUCAUUUCCUCUUAUCUAAUCAAUGUGAGACUUUGGUCGUGUUCCAACAUUUUUAACGUUUGGCAUAUAAAAUCUAUAAUGGCGGGCAUCAGGUUAUGAGUUGGACCAAACUAGGUCAUUAUCUUCAAGGGAGAAAGGAGCCGUAGAAACACGAUUUAAAAAGAGCAGCUCCACAAAGCAAUUGAAAAGAGGAAUUUGAAGCAAUGAGUAAAAUUCAAAGAAAACCCAAAAUUCUGUGCCUUCAUGGCUUCCGAACCAGCGGAGCAAUCCUUAAGAAGCAGAUCGAAAAAUGGCCCGCUUUUGUUCUCCAUCAAUUCCAUUUCCAUUUUAUCGACGCUCCAUUCCCUUCCAAAGGAAAAUCCGAUGUCCAAGGAAUUUACGAUCCUCCCUAUUUCGAAUGGUUUCAAUUCAGUAAGGACACGACCGGUUAUGAAAAUUUCGAAUCCUGCCUUGAAUUCAUCGAGAAUCACAUGCUUAACCACGGACCAUUCGACGGACUUCUCGGUUUCUCACAGGGGGCGGCGUUAACGGCGGCGCUGCCGGGACUUCAAGCGAAGGGUGUUGCGCUGAGGAAGGUUCCGAAGAUUAAAUUUGUAAUAAUCAUCAGCGGUUCGAAACUGGGAUCGCCAUCUCUUGCCGCCGAAAAAGCUUAUUUCCCAUCUAUUGCAUGCCCAUCCCUCCAUUUUCUAAGUAACUUUCAUCUCCUUCUUAUUUCUUCUAAUUUUCCUUUUCUUUUUCUUUUUCUUUUUCUUUUUGUCUUUAUUCACCGAUUUAUACUCCAUUAACCUUUUCAGACUUGUUAAAAUUAUACAUACUUAAUAUUUGUCAUUUGUUUAAAAAAAUACUUAUAUCUCUUUAAAAGUUGUGAUAUUACGCCCUUAAACCUUUUCAUUUCAAAACUACCCUUUCAAUAUAAAGUUUUUUAGAAUUUUAAACGAAUUUUCAUGUAUAAAAUAGUAUGGUAAUGAUCUAGAACGAAAUUUGAAUUUUCUACAUCGUUUUAGGUCAUUGUCAUACAAUUUUAAAUCCCAAUUUCUAUUCAAAAUUCUAAAGAAUUUUUAUAUCAAUGGUAGCUUUAAAACAUAAAAUUUUAAAGUAAUACGUCACACGGAAUAUAGAUAUUAAAUAAGAAGUCUUAACAAUCACAGAAAAAACAAGUAAAUAACAAACAACAAAUCAAGAAAAGAACAUGUAGAGUUUGGUGCCUUAGUUUGGUAUUAUACCACCUACGUCUAGGAGCAGUGUGCUAGGAAAGAUAAUUCAUUAAUAUGAAAAAGUCAAAUGUUUACAACGUUGUGCUUAUUUUUAAAAUAAUGGCAAUUACAGUGACACACAUAAAACGUAACUUAUGUGAUCAUCUAGACUUCCCCUAAGUCUGUGAAUAUUAGUUAAGAGACACUUAGGCUCCACCUAAGUGUGAGACUCCCUCUCACAACGAACAUAUUUUUCCUCCUUCUUGUGAACUCUCUUUCACUUGAACAAGUUAGGCUCCCCCUAAGCUUGAGAACUCUUCUCUAUGAACGUUACCUUAGGAUACACUAAGGAUGAGAAUCCCUUCUUAAUCAACACUAUCUUAGACUCCCCUUAAAGAUGAAGAAUGCUUCUUAAGAAUGGAUUAAUACCGCAAGAACAAUUGUAGAAUUAGUCGUUAAGGACCAACAAUAUUUCUAGCUUUACGAACAAUGGUAAAACAUAGAGAGUUCUAUUCUUCUGUCAAAACAUACUAAUUCUUCUCUCUCAAAGCAAUAUGUGACAAUCCUAGCAAGACUACUUCUUAUCCUUAAAUAGCAUAGCAAAAAGAUGAAAAAUAUCCCAUUCAAAUUUGACUAAUCAUGAACAAGGAAAGUAGCCCAGAGAAAAUAAAAUACAUAAUAUUUCAAAUAAGGAACAAAAUACUCUACAGAAAUAGCAUUUAAGACAUCUUUUGAGAUAUAUUUUGAAACUAUCACCGAAACGGCCCAAGGAGCAAGUAACAGAAAUCUUAAACAAAUAUAUAACUAAUUACACAUCUCUAACAAAACGUUUUAUAAAAGUUUAGGGGUAAUAUUGUAAUUUUUUAAAGUAUAGAGUAUUUUUAAACAAACUGCCAUUUCAAGGGUAUUUGAUAUAAUGUAGAUCAAGAUUUUUUUAUAUAUAGAAUUCUAUUAUUUAUGAUUAAUUUGAAAUUUUAGUUACCGAUUUUGAAGUUUAUGUUUAUUUAUCCUCUAUUCAAAAAGUAUUUUGUUUAAGAAAAAAAAUAUUUACUUAGGUAUAAAAUCCAAAUAAUUAGCAACGUAACUGGUACUCAUCCAUUAAAAUAAGAAAAAUAUUUAUAUGAUAAAUUUUUUCAUUGUUUUUUGAAGUAUUUUAAUUCUUUUUUUUAGUGUGAAAAAUAAUAGUGAGAUGCAUAAAAAUAGGUGAGAUGCACCUAAGUAUUACCUUUAAAAUAAUUAAAAAAGACACAAUAAAACUUGAAACGAUGAUUACUUCUAAAAAGGAAAUUGAAACAAAAAAAUAAAAUUGUCUACGAUGAAGUUUGAGCCUAGACCCUAUUUGAUAACUAUUAGUUUUUUAUUUUUGGUUUUUUAAAAUCAUGUUUUUCUUAUCAACAUUUUACCAUGAUUUUCAUAUUUUCUAAUUAAACAUUUGAAUUCUUAAAAAAAUCUAAAACAAAAAAUAAGUUAAUAAAUUUUUAAAAAUGACUAAAAUAAAAAAAUAAAAAUAAUAAUUAUAAGCUCAAUUAAUAAUUACUAAAAGGACCUAAGCUUUCAAUUUAUUUGAAACUUGUGUAAAACUUGAAAUUUUAAGAUUCUCUUACCCCUAAAAUUCUAAUUUAUAUAUACUAAAUUAAUUGUUUUAAGAAAAAGAACUUGAAUGUGUCAAUGACCUAUUAAUUGUUUAGACACAAAAUUGAAAAUUUAACGACCUUCAGAUAUGAAAUUGAAAAUUUAUAAAUUUACUAGAUACUUUUAAAGUUUAAAAAACAAAUAGACAUAAAUUUAGAAAUUAAACUUAUAAUUUAAUAUUCAUUUAUUUAAAAAUAUUCAAUCACUUUGGACGUAACGAAUUCAACCUACAACUUUACAACAAAAAUCUCCAACUUAUUGAGAAAGUAGAGAUAUUUCAAAAUGGACAAUUAAUUAAUUAAUUGUUGUAAUAUACCUAAUAACACCCAAUUAAUCUGUCGAAAUAAUGGUAAUAAUGUGAGCCUAAUUUUUCUUAGUUAUGUCAAUAACUAAUCAAUAUUGCUUUAGUAAAUGUUAAUUCAUUAGCUUUAAUUAGAACUAAACCUAAUGUAAAAUUAUAUGCUCGAACUAUUAUAACUUUUAAAAUAAUUAUUGAUAAUUAUGAAAUCAUAUGUAAGUUUCAUAUUUAAAAUAAAAAAAAUAGGCAACAUUUUGUAAGUUUAAACUAGAUUAGCUGCGACUUUAAUAAUGAC